UGCUACGGACAUCUUUUUCCUGGGCUCCGCAGGUCUCUUAGUAUGAAGGAGGUGAAGAGCGAGCGGGAUCGGGGGAGCCGACGAAGGCACCGGGACGGGGACAUGGUGGCGGCGGUGGUGGUGAAGCAGGAGCGCCUCAGCCCGGAAUCCGCGCCUCCCGUGCACCGCCGCCCGGACUCCUCCGGCGGCAGCCCGUCCCCACCGGCCGGCGAGUCGGGCCGCCCGAGUCACCGCGGGAACCGAGCCCGAGGAGGUAGCCGGUCUCCAGCCAGAAAGAAAAACAAGUCCUCAGGGAGAAGAAGCAAGUCUCCCCGGAGUAAGAGAAGCCGAAGUCCUCACCACUCAAUGGUCAAAGUAAAGCAGGAACGUGAGGAUCAUCCCCGGAGAGGCCGGGAGGAUCGGCCGCACCGAGAACCCUCAGGACAGGAACACAGGCGAGCUAGGAACAGUAACCGAGACAGACACCGCGGCCACUCUCACCAGAGGAGAAGCUCGGACGAGAGGCCUGGCAGCGGGCAGCCUCAGGGACGGGAUCGAGAUGCCCAGAACCUACAGGCGCAGGAAGCUGAGCGGGAGUUUCACAACACCCGGCGCCGGGAGCACCGCCAGAAGAACGAAGCCGGCGGUAACGCGUCUCAGGACUCACUUCCUCAGCCUGGCCCUGGCAGCAACAACAAAGACAAAGACGUGCCUGUUAAAGAGAAGCCAAGCUUUGAACUUUCUGGGGCACUUCUUGAGGACACCAACACCUUUCGGGGUGUAGUCAUUAAAUACAGCGAGCCCCCGGAAGCACGCAUCCCCAAAAAACGGUGGCGUCUCUACCCCUUUAAAAAUGAUGAGGUGCUUCCAGUGAUGUACAUCCACCGACAGAGCGCUUACCUCCUGGGCCGACACCGCCGCAUCGCAGACAUUCCCAUCGAUCACCCCUCCUGUUCGAAGCAGCACGCCGUCUUUCAGUACCGGCUUGUGGAAUAUACCCGUGCUGAUGGGACAGUUGGCCGCAGGGUGAAGCCCUACAUCAUUGACCUUGGCUCAGGCAAUGGAACGUUCCUGAACAACAAGCGAAUUGAGCCACAGAGAUACUACGAACUGAAGGAAAAGGAUGUCCUUAAAUUUGGGUUCAGCAGCAGAGAGUAUGUUCUGCUCCACGAGUCCUCGGACACGUCUGAAGUGGACAGGAAAGAAGACGAGGAUGACGAGGAGGAGGAGGAGGUAUCUGACAGCUAGCAGACUGAAGCACAAGCCAAACUCUCGAGAGACCUUUCCUUUCUGCGAAAGCUUUGGGAUUGACUCAGAGGGCGCCGCCGUGCUCUCUGUAACGCCUCUUAUUGCCUUAAGUCUUUCUUCUGUUGCUGACCAGCUUCCGUUUCAGUGUAAGAAAACUGACUUAUGUUUGGUUGAACUUUUUUCUGUGGCACAUCAGCCACACGCACACGCUGUGGGCAUUUGUUUUCUGAACAGUCUCACCAACACAUCGUGUUUUAGUAGAAGCAUCGUGGCUUGAGUUGGUGCUUUCAGAACUACUGUGCAGGAAACUAUAAAGCCCUGGUUGAAGGGGAUUGUGGCUUGCUUUCUUUGUACAGUUACUUUAUUUAUAUUGUUGUUAAGCUUUGUGGACCGGGUUUGUUUUUGUCUUGGGGGCAGACCCCUGAACAGAGAAUCUUACUAAGCUUUGGUUAUCACCAAAACAGCCUCCCGAGUAUACCAAAGCUUUGACCUGGUUGAGCUCUUGAGUCACAGAAAUUGAUUUUGCACUUCGUUGUUUGGGGGUGGGCAGGGGGGUGGGGGAGAUUUACCACAUGACCUCAUUAUUGACUGUUGGACUUAAACGGAUGCUUUGUGGAGCCUGCUUAAGCUUAUGACUGUACAGGAAGGUCAUGGCCACUACCAGUGGGUGCUGAUUACAUGUCACGAGAGGCUGAAAUGGGUCGUGGAUCUGUUUCCUGUGAGAGAACUCUGAUUUCUCCAUGGAGCAUGUACAGAACAAUUUUGAUCUUCAACUUUGCAUUUUUAUUUAGAGGUUAUCUCCAUUCUUCCUUCUUUGAGAAACACACUGUCAUUUAUGUGGCAGGGUCCUUGCUUUAUUCUAACAACGUGUAUGUGUUGUGUGGUUUACAUGUUUUCAUCUUUUUACAAAAAUGUUCGGAGAGGUUGUAUUUACCUGGGCAAUUGGGAACAGCCCAGUUUCCUAAUUUUCCACCAGAGGAAUAUGUGUAAGUAGAAAAGUCGUAACUGCUUACAUCUAGUGUGUGUGUGUGUGUGUGUGUGUGUGUGUGUGUGUGUGUGUGUGUGUGUGUGUGUGUGUGUGUGUGUGUGUGUGUGUGUGUGUGUGUGUGUGUGUGUGUGUGUGUAUGUAUAUAUUUAAAAAAUUGUGUGUGAAAGAGCUGCAUAUUGAUUUUCCUAUGAGAAUGUUUUGUGAUGUAAAUGUAAUACUGCAUUAUAGGCAAAGGCCUCCCUGCAUUUGAAGAGCAGGUUUUCAUUUAUAUGUAUUUUUGGAAUAAAAAAUAAUAAAACUUGUAAAUAUAG